AUGGACGACUUCCUAAUAGCAACGAAUACUUUAGAAAAACACUUUGAAAUGCUUAGUCAAGUACAGGGUUGGCCAUAUUCGACGGAAAGAUGUGGCAACACUGUAACUUUUGACAGAGAUGUUAGAUCGAGUAACGACGUAGCGCGUUUGAAGCGUCAGUCGAAGGAAAUUUGUGCCAUGGAACAGUACACGCCACGCGAACGCUCUCAGAUUGUUGAAAUUUACAUUCAACAAAACAAGUCAAUUGUUAAAACUCAACGUGCAUGGAGAAAAAUAAAUAAAGUGAAAAGUGCGCCUUCCGCGAACACAUUGUAUCGUUUGUAUGAAAGAUUUUCAACUGAUGAAGCUGGCGAAACGGUUACCGUCAAUCAGGAGCGUUAUCGUGAUAUGAUAAGUGAUUUUUUGAUGCCAAUUGUUCAUGAUAAUGGUAUGGAGCACUUCUGGUUUCAACAAGAUGGCGCUCCACCACACACAGCUCGAGCCACUAUCAAUUUUUUGAAACAAUUGUUCCCUGGACGUUUGAUGUCAAAAAAUGGUGAUUUUGAAUGGCCACCGCGUUCACCAGAUUUAACGGCUCCAGACUUCUUUCUGUGGGGCUAUUUGAAAUCAAAGGUUUAUGUCAACAAGCCAAGGACCCUAGACGAACUUAAGACCAACAUCCGACAGGAAAUAGCCGCCAUAUCGGCCGAAACAUUGUUCAAAACGAUGGAAAACGCUGCAAAACGGGCACUACUCGCCAUGCAGGCUCAAGGCGAUCAUUUAAGAGAUAUCAUAUUCAACAAAUAAUGUACACAAAUCUCCUUGAACC